UAUAUUUAAAGGUAGGCCCUUUCGCCUUCAAAGUUGCCCUAUAAGACUCUGGCCUCGCAGUAUAUAUAUGUGACUCGCAGUACUACUCUUCCUAUAUAUAUAACCAUCCAAGCGUUUGAGUGUUUCACCUUAGAGGUCAUUUACUGAUUAAGCUCUCCUAGUGAAAAUUUCUUUUGAAUUGAAACCAUGGUUUCCCUUCAAUCACCUACCUCUCCGAAUGGAAGAAAGACGACAAUCCCAGAGCUUGAUUAUUUGUCAAAGAAGAGAAAGUGGGAUGAUGAUGAGCCUGCAGAAAUUGAUGGGAUUUUCGAUAAAAGAUCAAAACCGACUGAAAUCACAAACUCUUUCUUUGAAAUCGAGCUACAACUAGAGACUCCAUUGCCUUUGGAAUGGCAGAGAUGCCUCGAUAUUCAGUCAGGGCAGAUACACUUCUACAAUACAAGGACCCAGAAGAGAACAACUAGGGAUCCAAGGAGGAGCCCAGAGCCACCAAGUCCUGGUAGUAUGAGCUUAGACCUUCAGCUAAAUCUGCAGCCAUGCGAAUCGCCAUGGAAAAACAACACAAACAGCCAAAGUAUGAAGCACAAUUUUGCUAGCUCCAUACAAAGUUUGGGCGAUUUGUUCAUGGGUUCAAGUAAAGAUAACAAGAAGGCAGAAGUGCUUAAGCGGUCACCGUCAUGGUUAUCAUUUGAAGGAGACGACGGGGAAGAAAUGAUAGCAACCGUGUGCUCAAGGUGCCACAUGUUGGUGAUGCUUUGCAAGUCCUCUCCUGCUUGCCCUAACUGCAAAUUCAUGCACUCUCCAGCCAGAACCCCCCUAAGUUAUUCAAGCAAAGGCUUAGCCUCUUGUGCUAGCGAGCUAAAUCAAUAAGGGAUGACAGCUUAAUUAAUUCCUAAGUUUAAGGAUUAGUCCAUAUGAUGAAAUUCAUUUCAUCAUGGAAAAGGUUAGAUAUUUAUUACGUUUUAUUUUUCGUUUGUAUUAAUUUCAUCUUUUAGUUGAAAAAUGACUGCAGUGAGCGAGUGAGUGAGUGAGAGAGAAUGACUAACUUUGCAUCAUGUACUAAGAUAAGAUAAUAUAGAAGUAUAUUCCAACGUUAUUGGGUAGCAA